AGAAUAUGGAGAAAGGACGUUUAAAUAUGUCUCCUGAUAAUGUUGAACUCAGAAAAUGUGAGGAUAGAGAUGAAGGAGAAGACCAUGAAUUUAAAAUCUCUGAAAUAGAAGAAGCUAUAAUAGCAGCUGGAGGCUUUGGAAAGUUUCAAUGGAUCUUCUGAACAAUCGCAACACUUCUCUUUAUACCAAUAGGAUUAAUAGUGUACAUCCAAAGCUUCUUUACCUUAAAGCAGGUUAUGCAGUGCCAAAAUUCAAUAGGAGAUCUUGUCCUUUGAGAUGAUGCUGGAAUAGAUCCAUGUGAUGGAAGCAAUCUGAUACCAGGAGCAGUACCUGACUUUACUAACGAGAAAUCACUUAAGAACUGGAUCACGCAGCUUGAUUUGUUUUGAGUAGCUCCUUUUAAAGUCAGCUUAUUCGGAGCUCUGUAUUUUGCAGGAUUAAUAGUAGGCAUGAUACUUUUGAUUUACACUUCUAAGUUCGGAAGGAAAAUCAAUGUGGUCAUAUUCACAUGGGCUACAGUGUUCGUAAUGACUUCGAUAGUGUUUAUCCCCAACCUCUAUGCUAGAUAUAUAGGGAUGUUCAUGCUCGGAAUUUGUACAAUUCAGAAGUUUUGAACAUACAUAAUAUGCGUUGAAAUAUGCCCAUUGAGACAACAAAUAGUGGUUGCUACUGUGAUCCUUGCUCUUGACAACAUUCCUUUACCACUAGGUGCCUUCUACUUCAGAUUCAUCAGCAAUGACUGGAGAUAUCUUGGAUACGGCUCAGUUAUUUUUACUCUUAUCCUAGCUGUUUGUUCUCUAUUCCUGCCUGAAUCUCCUCGGUUUCUUGCUGACAAGGGAGAGUUUGAACAGGCUAAAAUUGUAGUUGAUAGAAUAUCUAGAAUCAACAAGUCCGGAUUACACCAGAAGUGCUGGAAGUUCAGUGGGAAGACUCAGAAUAAAAGCCAAGAUUCAGCCAAAGAAUUAGUGGAUAAUGAUGAAGCCAGCCAAGAAACACUUGAGGAUGGUGAAGAGAAAGAAGACUUGACACUAAAGAAGAAUCCAUUGAAACAGAUGAGGAAACAACCUAAGUUAGCAUUGAACUUGGCCAUCUCCACCAUUUGCUGGACAGCUUGCUCAUUUAACUAUUUCUUAUUGAGCUAUGAUACAAAAAAUUUAGGAGGAAAUAUUUUCCUGAACACAAGCCUCAUUGCUUUUUCUAAUGUUGGAGGCAAACUUAUUACGCUUGGAGUCAGAAAUUAUGCUUCAACCAAGAUCUCCAUGAUGGCUUGCUUGACUAUUUGAUUCAUAUUUGGAUUUGGGUUAAUAUUCUUCAAAGAAGGCUGGAUAAUUUCUAUGUGUAUUGCUUUUGUACUCAUCGGAAUUGGAGGAGGAUUUACAUUAUCAUAUUACUUAAACAAUGAGUACUUUCCCCCUCUUUUUGUUAGCUUCGCCUUCUCAGUGACUCAGUUUGGCUCAAGAGGAUUAACCAUCCUGUCAUACCUAAUGUCAGAUCUACAAGAACCAAUUCCAAUGAUCCUUCUGUGUACAACCACAGGAAUUGCUCUCUUUUGUUUGGUAUUCCUGACCAAGCCUCCAAUGGCGCAAUCAAAGUCUCAAUAACUUCAAUAUGA